CCCGAAGUCGCAGGAGGAGGAGACUGGACGGCAGCAGGCGACAUCUGGCGAGUAGGGUGCAUUGCCCUUCACUUGGUGCUCGGGCAUGAUUACGACCUCGCUGGGGUUGGGUCUCAACUUCCGAUGCUUCCUACCGGCGUUUCCUUUGACUUUGUGGACUUUCUCAUGGACUGCAUGAGCCCGGAUCCCGAGGAGAGGCUGUCUGCAGAGGAGCUCCUUGAGCACGCUUACCUCAUGGACGAGGUGGAC